AUGGUCAAGAUAGCCGUUGCCGGCCCCGGACACGUCGCCUCCGAGAUCAUCGACGGCCUGUUUGCCACUGGCAGGCAUGAAAUUGUCAUCCUCUCUCGUCAAGCAAGCCACAGAGACCGCUCCAUCCCUCGCCAGAUCCGGAAGUACCUGGCGGAUAAGAGCAAGGAUGGCAAGUUUCUCAACUAUAUCGCCGGCAGCCGCCAGACAGCCAAGCAUUUACGGUCUACCAAUCUGCUGUACGUCGACCAUGGCAAUGGCACUGCUGUCGUUGCCGGCAACAUGACCGAAAAGUACAGCCUCACGGCAAUCGCGGACCUGGUCAACAUUGUUGUCAAGGCCGUCGAGGACGAGGGGGAAUGGCCCAAGAUUGGCGGCAUCAACGGCAACACCCUCUUCUUUGCCGACGAGACAGCAAUCGGUGAGGAAAUCAAGGAAAUGGAUCGCGAAGAUCUCAAAGCCGGCGUCAUCAAGACCUCUUGGCCACCCGGCCUUGACCACUUCUCUCUGUCCGAGGCUGAGAAAGAGCCAAUCUCCAGACCGAUUCUCUGCGGCAUGUUGCUCAACAUGACGAGCUGA